AUGGCGGAAGGUCCAUUUUGUCGUCGCCUCGUCCGUCGACGCAAAAUGAACAAGACAGCGCCCCGUCGGCGCCAGCGUCCUGCGGCCGCGGGCCCGCUGACUGCCCGUUUUUUCGUCUUUCUGGCAGCUCUCUCCGUCGAAGCUCUGUCUUUCGUGUCAGCUGCUUCUCACACGGAUGAGGCAGAGACAGCGCUACAAUGCACCGCUGAACGUGACUUACUGCUCGUUUUCGAUGCGGAUGAUACAGCGAAGACGUUCAAAUGCCCCGCGACAUGGAAGCUCGAACCCGUGCAAGAAACUCUCGCGUGCCAAGAUGAUGAUUGCGACGUCGUACUUGACGACAUUGUGACAGGCGCUACACUUAAGGAGCUAGACAACGCUUACACGUUAACGCUCCCAGAGGACUCCAACCGACAGCAGACGACGUGGUAUUAUCUUUGCAAGGAUCCGAACUCGAGCGCCAAUGACAAUGGCAGCCUCUCACCCGAGGAAUCUCCGGGCGGGCAUCAGGGUGUCGCCGGUCCUGCUGGUCCAAAUGAAGCCCCUGACGGUGACAGCGGCGCGGCAGGGCCGAGUCUGGGGAACGGGGAGGGUGCGUCCGCGGGCAUUGGUGCCACAGAAAAUCACGGAUCGAUCAGUGCAUCCACUCCUGGGAUAAAUACGCCAAACGCCGCAGGACCCAGGACCAGGCAGGGAGCCCAGGUUGACCGAGGUCAGACGACCGAUCGCGGAUCUCUCGUUCCCCCCGCGGCGGGUUCUGCUCCUUCUUACGGUUUCGGCGCCUUGGGCGGGGCGCAGACGGUUGCAGACGAAAAAGAAGAAUUUGGUGCUCCAUUCGGGGGUCGCAGAAUUAGAGUCGGCCUCGCUUCGUCCGGUGACAUACAGGAGCCUCCGCCUGCUCAGACAGAGAAGGAGUGUAGAGUUACGGUCCAGGUCGUCCCCUCUGGGAUGAUCACCUGCCAUAAGGGAGAGACGAAGACAGCCACGGUGUCAUCGCCGAACAUUCCAGUCACAAUUCGGUGCGCAAAAGGGUUGAAGCUGGAUCCGGCCGUAAAGAGCGAGGUCUAUGACGACAGCGACGGCAGAUGCGCAUCACAGGUUCCGCUAACCUCGCUUGUACGCGGGAACCUUUCCACGACGACUAUGAGCGAGGUGGCUGGAAGUAUCUUUGACGAAUAUGUCUUCAGUGUCAGCAGAUUGCCUGAGCAGGCGACGAUGCUGUGCUACAAGUGCGUCGAACAUGCAAGCGUGGUAAAGGCACGCGACGAAGCUAGCCAGGCAUCACGGGAGUGCAGGGUGAAAAUCACUGUUUCUGCAGAACCAUCUGCGGCAUCCUUCUGGGCGACACCUCUCUCUUCUCUCGCAGUCGCUGGCUUUCUAGUAACCAUGCGUCUGAACUGA